AUGGAGAGAUUACGACAUGGACUCGUCCUGUACAAUGAAUCUGGGAUCCCUGAGGAAACUGUUCCUCUACAAAGAAUUGACAUCAGGGUGACGGUGGUGAAUUUCGUUGCCUGUGUAGAAUCAGAUCUGUAUUACAUCAACAACUCUACAGAAGCUGUCCAGACAGAGUUCGUGUUCCCAGUGGAUGAGGGUUCGGUGGUCUACAGGUUUGAGGCGGAGAUCGAAAACAGGACCAUAGUAGCCGAGGUUCAGGAGAAAUCUCAGGCAAAGGAAACAUAUGAAAAUGCUAUCGAAAAUAAUUAUGUUGGAUUGUACAUGGCAAUGGACGAUGAUUAUGCUGAUGUAUUUCGGCUGAAGUUGGGAAAUCUUCCCGGAAAGAAGUCUGCCAAGGUAACAUUCGCAUACGCCAGAGAAAUAGACAUGGAACCAGAUGACAUUGGAAUAUUAACACUACCUACUGUUCUCAAUCCCAGAUAUGUCCCUGACUGUGGAAGCAGCCCAUUCCCACCACCUGAUGGAGCGACAGGAGGGGAGCUUAAAGUCUUGCCCUCACUCUCUGACAAAGGUAUGAUGUACAUGGAGGACUUUUUCAUCAAUUUCGAUGUUAAAGUCGCUGGAGGAGGGAAUAGCUGCAUUUCUUCAGAAAAAAUAACAAUGGACGUCACUGCAGAUAGAGUAUUAACUUCCGCAUACACUGUGUCAAAAAGGCCAGGACUUGGAAAGGACUUCGUUCUAGAGCUGCAUUAUAAAGGCUUUAAUGAACCAUGUGCAGUUCUGGAGAAGGGGAAGGAGGAUAAUGAAAGUGGUUUCCUAUCGUCGGAUGUGUUGAUGGUAAAUUUUUCUCCCUCGUUUUCCAACUUACAAACCAAUGAUUCACAUGAAUUCGUUUUCUUGAUUGAUCGUUCUGGUUCUAUGUUUUCUCGCAUUGAAAAGGCGAAGGAAACACUACUUCUCCUCUUAAAAAGCUUGCCGGUCAACUGUUACUUCAAUGUGGUCAGCUUUGGCAGCGAUUUCUCACUUCUUUUUCCAACGAGCAAACCUUACUCAGAAGAAAGCAUGGAGGAAGCAAUGGACCUUCAGAGAGAGAUGAAAGCUGAUAUGGGUGGAACGAAGAUUUAUCAAGCUUUGGUGAAAAUUUUCGAAGAUAAAGCGACCAAGGAUGUCAGACAGAUGUUUUUGCUGACAGAUGGUGAAGUUGGUAACGUUCAAGAGAUUGUCAAAUUAGUGAGGAGUCAAACGAACACAAGGGUAUUUACGUUCGGGAUUGGUGAUGGGUGUUCAACUGCAUUGAUACGCGAUGUAGCUGAGGCAGGUAAAGGAAAGGCUACAUUUGUCAGAGACAGUGAAAGACUGCAAAAUAAGGUAAUGUCCGUCAUGAAAAGCAGUCUCUGUCCAACAAUUAAAGACUUGUUCUUAACAUGGAGUUUACCAGAUGGGUGCUCAAUCCUAAAUAUCCCUAAAGAAGUACCGACUAUUUUCCAAGGAGAUAGGCUGAUUUUGUAUGGCAUUAUUUCAGGAGAAAUACCGAAAGAGACAAACGUUAAAAGUUCGUUGAAACUGUCUGGUAAAUCUGGAGAAUCGCCCGUGGAAUUUGGGAUAGAAUUUGAUCUCGCUUCAGGUGUUGGCAAAUAUGACGAGGUUUUUCUAUUGCACAGACUCGCUGCAAAAUCGAGGAUUUCAGAGUUUGAAAUGGAGGAGAGUGGAGGUAUUUAUGCAUAUUUCUGCUUACCAGAGCCGAUGACUUAA